AUGCUCUUUCCGUAUAGCAAAACUUGGACUCUCUUUGCUGCUCAUGGGAUACAGAUUUUUUUAGAAUCCAAAAUCAGCAUCACAAGUUGGAUUCUUCCAGACCCAGACAUUUUUACAUUUGAUAACGACUACGGCGGUAGUACAUCAACGGGCAGUGGUAUCCAAGAAAAAAACGUUGUUAGUGUAGAUUUUUGAUGCGCAACAUGCAAGAUGAUUGCGUCUGUCAUGCUUGGCAUGCAUCGUAGGGUCCAUGAAAGGGCGUUUUCCCGUACUAUCUGCGCAUGACAGGUUUUUGCUGUCAUGCCAGGCAAAUUUGUAAUGCUGUUCCUCCAAAAAAGUUACACCUACAGCGUUUUUUUCUUGGAUAAGUGGAACUACAGGAAACAACAUUCCCUGGCGGCGCAAGGCCGAAGCGCGGGACUGGUUGCGGCGCGAGUACGGGACGAAAUUGCUGGGUGGGGAGUACGAUUUUUUCCUGAGCAGCGUGGAAUUGUGGGCAGUAAGUCCCGCGGGAAGUGGGCGGGUGAAAUGGGACUUGGUGGAAAAAGUGGAUUUGUAAAGACGGUGUUGUAGCUGAUGUGUUGGUUCUUCGUCCACAGCUUGCUGGGUCUGCUGCGGUUCCCGGGAGUUGUCUCUCGUGAAUUUCUGCAGAUCAUUCCGACCGUCGUGAUACUGAAGACAUGUAGAACAAGAGAAAAACAACUAGAACUAGUACACCGUAAAAUACUAAAUGUUAGCGCGCAGUAGAUCGUGGAUGGA